GAACAUGAAAGUCGAGACGGAGAAUAUUUUGGCAAAACAACAAAACAAAAAUUGAUUACGAGGAUUUACGAGUUUUAUACACGUUGUGGUAAUUUGUUUUUAAUUUGAAGUUGAAUUUCCUUCGGGUUUUCACGGGCUAUAAAUAUGACGCGACAUGCCAGAAAUUCCACGGCAGGAAGUGUAUAUACCUAUCACGAAAAAAAAAGAGAUGCUAAAGCAUCUGGAUAUGGAUCUCUUUCAGAAAGAUUUAGCAAAGAUUCUAUCAAAGGAUUUGAUUGCUGUUCACUAACACUGCAACCCUGUAGAAAUCCUGUUGUGAGUCCUGAUGGAUAUUUAUUUGACAAAGAAGCCAUUCUAGAAUACUAUCUUGCCAAAAAAAAAGAAAUCCUCAGACAACAGAAAGAAUAUGAAAGACAAAACAAGCGUGAGGAGAAUGAGAAAAAUGAACUAAAAGCCGCAGCCCAUCGAAGCCAAGUAGAGAAAUUCAUUGCAACUGAAAAAGGUGAUAGCUUACCUGGUAGCAACCCAUCUACUAGCAGUGCUAGUCUGUCAAACAUGUCUGGAAAUAAAGCAAAGGAUUUGCCAAGUUUUUGGGUCCCAGCUAUGACUCCUGAUGCAAAACCAAUAAUAAUUCCAAAACCAUCUACAGACAUUUAUUGCCCAGUCAGUGGGAAAAUUUUAAAAAUCAAGGAUCUGAUUGAUGUAAAGUUUACACUGGCCCCGAAGGAUGACGACGAACGUGGAAAAGCUCUCAUAAGUCGCCAAGUCCGCUAUAUGUGCCCUAUCACCAGAGAUAUUCUUAGCAAUUCGAUUCCCUGCACCAUUUUGAAGCCAACCGGUGAUGUUAUUACCGCAGAAUGUUUCGAAAAACUGAUCAAAAAGGACAUGGUCCACCCUCUUACAGGAUUAAAAUUAAAAGAAAAGGACAUAAUUCCUUUGCAGAGGGGCGGGACUGGUUUUGCAAGUGUUAACGACAAACUCGAAGCUACUGAAGCUAGACCUAGCAUGAUGGCAUAGUUUUGUCUAAAAAAUUCUUCAACCUAAUCAGGUUGUUCAAUCAAUCAUACAACUUUCUUUUGUGUCAUCAAUAAAAUUCUGUCUUGUUA